ACCCAGGAAGCCGUCCAAGAGGCUAAGGCAUUGCUCGAUUACUCCAUAGAAGUGGUUCCUGUUCCGCGAACUUACGUGGGCCCGAUUUUGGGAUCCGGUCAAAGACACAUACAGCAUAUAGUGGAUCGCAUAGGUCUUUCGGGGAUGAGAAUUUCUGGUGCAUUAGCACCCGAUGUGCCUGAUUUUGUUGCAUUCCACCUCACAGGCACUCGUCGGGCUAUCGCGGAUGCAAAAAUGUUUCUGGAGUUUCAUAUUGCCAGUCUCCGUGAGUUGGAUGAAUUACGGGGAGUCAAAAGCCCACCAUUAGCCCCACCCACAACAGAAGUUGCACGAGACGGCGAUGCAGGCUCCGAACAAGAGCACUCCGCACCCGUUCAUCCGGCCACUGGCGGGAAACAGAAAAAAAGAGCUGGUCGAGCAUCUCAACAGAACCGUCGAAGGGUGCCUUCGCAUCAAACCAGUGAUAUAGGGAACGGCGACGGAACUUUGGAAAGUGGAGACGAAGCAAAUCGUGAUUCCGGGCCUGAAACAGACCACUCGGAACAACGAGCUGGACGACCAUCCCACCCGGAAAACUUCAAUGCAGGAAAUUCAAGACCUCCCGUAAAUUCACGUCAACGUCGGGCUCAAUAUAUGCAGUCGAAUAAUAGUGCUCUAUCAAAUAAUCGUGAUCCUCGAGAGAAUGGUGUCCAACAAAAGAAAGGACAAGUGAAUAGUUCGAACUCAGCAACACCCACGGAGCCCUACAUGAACGGAACAGCGGGUCCAAAGUCGGCAAGUUUUCGACAACAACCAGCACGCGAACAUAACCAGACAAGUCGCGCACAGCCGAGUGCAGCUGUUGUCGGCACAACGGCCACAUGA